CCACAGGCCUGAUCAUGUGGGCCAGAGCUGCCUGCAUGGCCUUCCUGGCUGCAGGCAGGGGCGCCCUCCAAACUAAAUGUCUUUUGUCUAAAAGCCCCAGUGGUAGUUCUGUAGGUCCCCAAAGAGUGCAGUUGCUUAUUUGCAAGGGAGCUUGACUCAAAGGAAUCUAGGAGCGACCGGGUCACUCUCUUCUUUCCAGGUGCUCAGGUGUGCAGAACGAUUAUAAAGGGAUUUUACGGGCUCCAACCAUGAUGCAAGCACUGGUGGACACGCCUGGGCUGCAGGGAUAUGAACAAGUUCUGGAUGAAGGGGUGAUCCACGAGGGGCACGAUGGCACAUAUGUAGACUCGCAGUAUGAGGAGCACACAGCCAAGAAGCGGCGGAGGCUGGCAGGGCCCCGAGUCCCAGGACUGGCUGAGGCCCUGAUAGCCCUCCUCCCUGGUCUCGACGACAAGUCUUUUCCGGAGGACAUUCAAGACCUGGGGACCCGCCUCCGAGCCGCGCUUCAGCUCUUUGAGGCCAACCCGCCCCCGCGGUUGUUGGAUGGCAUGGAUGGCAGGAGAAAGGCUGUAAGCACCCGGCCAAAGAGGGGGCCAGUGGAGGGGCAGAUCUCAUACCACAAAAAGUGCAACUGGCCGGGGGGGUGCGUGAAGAACCCGUCGUUUGGGUAUCCGGGGCAGGGGCGGGAGCGGUGUAAGGAGCACAAGGAGCCAGACAUGCUCAACGUAAUUGACAAGUUGUGUGGAAUUGAAGGCUGUAGAAAACGGCCGUCGCAGGGCCACCCCGGCGGCCCCGCCACUCGGUGCAAGAAGCAUGCAGAGCCCGGCCAGGUCAACGUCGCCAAUAGGCGGUGCAUAGUCGACGGCUGCCUCCAGUUGCCCGCCUUCGGCAUCCCCGGAGCCAAUCUCGCGAUCCGGUGUGGCGAGCACGCAGAGCCCGGAAUGGAACUGGUCGAGAAGAACUGUGCGGCAGGCGGUUGCAGCAGUCACGCCGCGUUUGGGUGGCCGGGCGGCAAGCCGGAGGUGUGCAAGAAGCACGCGUCCAUAGGGAUGCUCGACGUCAAAAGCAAGCGUUGCAACUUUGGUGGCUGCGCAAAGCACAGGUCGUAUGGCUUCCCCGGGCAAGGGCGGACUCGGUGUCGAGACCACGCAGAAGGUGGAAUGAUUGACCUGAGCCGGUAACAUAGCAUACAGGAGGUUGUAUCAAUUGUCACUGUCAACACGUUGAAGCAAAGGUCGUAAGACUUUCCGUAUACAGAAGACAAUGAAGUAAGUAAAUCAGUAAUUGUGUUAUGAAGGUCUUUUUCAAAAACUACGUGGCCUCCAAUUAACUUGAAGCCGCUGUAAUAGACCGCUCAAGAAUCGAGUUUUGGCAUUGGAUCAGCUCGACAGGUUGUUAACUAAAGGCGUGUUACUAUAGUCGAGAGCCUCUGUUCGGGCCACCAGAUUACAACGGAGUGGCUGGUAGCCGGCUUCGGCUGCCGAUAUUUAGG